AGAGUACACAAGUACAUUAGACACACUGAUGUUAAACUGCAUCAGUAAACUGAUAAUUGGUCAUUUUUGUUUAACUACCCAGUUAUUACUCUUUCUCUCACACUCAGACUCGCACUAAAACAAACAGGCAUUUAAAAUGGACACUCGCAUUUUGUGCGUCAUAUGGGUCCUUGCCCGAAUAGGUGGUGUCGCACUUUUUUUUUAGCAACUAUUGAACGGAAUAUGAACUUUAAAUAUUUGAAGAAUAGACGAAGUACCUAAUUGCUCAUGUAAUACCAUUGCAAUUUCACCGACAGUGUAUUCCGUUGGAUGCAGAGAAAGUAACGGAAUUGCCGUGCUUUGACAUUGAACGAAGACAAAGAAGUUCCUCUGGGAGGUUAGCUGGCUUCCUGAUAAUUCCAUUUGGAUUAGCCAGCUAUGAUAGCUGGCUAGCAAGCUAACAACAACCCUGAUUCAAGUGAAAUUACCCAAAACAGAGAAACCAUGGAGGAGUCAGCAAGCACCAUAGAGGUCACUGUGAAGACCCUGGACUCCCAGAGCAGGAGCUACACUGUCCGCAGGGAGUUGACAGUGAAGGAGUUCAAAGAACACAUAGCUGCAUCAGUGGAGAUCCCAGUGGACAAGCAGAGACUAAUCUACCAGGGCAGAGUGCUGCAGGAUGAGAGGACACUGAACGAAUACAAUGUGGCUGGUAAGGUGAUCCACCUUGUGGAGCGUGCUCCUCCUCAGACUUCCCAGUCUGGCGGCGGAGGAGGAGGAGUGUCCUCAGGGGGAACAGAGGGAGGUGCCACCACCUCCUCCUCCCAGGGAGGCCCCCAGGACCGCAACGGGAACAGCUACGUCAUGCUGGGAACCUUUAACCUGCCCGUCAACAUCAUGGACCCUCAGCAGAUACAGAUGCAAGUGCAGCAGAUGAUGGCAGGAGUGGGAGAAGCAGGAAGGAAUACCAGAGUCAGCACCAGCACUCGAAGCAACGGUUCAGUGGAUGUGCAUAUCAACGUUGACCAAUCAGUGCAGAGCGAGCCCAGGAAGCUGCAAUUGGCUGAGAACUUGCUAAGGGAUACCCAGUCUCUGACCACAGACUGGAGUACAUCCACCUCCUCUUCCUCCUCCUCAUUCUCUUCCGCUACAGCUGCCACUGCAGGAGCAUCCCAGCCUAUGGAUACCUCCCCUCUUGCUCCACCACCUCCCCCUCCCACCUCCUCCAGCCAGACAGAGGGACCACCCCACCCGGGCCCAAGUAACCACCCCAGCCCAGCAGCGCUAGUGGAGGUGUUGUCAGAGGUGAGGAGGGUGGAGGAGAGGCUUCGUCCCUUCAUAGAGAGAACUCACUCCAUCCUUGGGGCUGCCACUUCAGCAGACUACAACAACAACACCCAGGAAAGAGAAGAGGACCAGCACGUUCUCAACCUGGUCGGGGAGUCUCUACGUCUCCUUGGCAACACCCUAGUUGCCCUUAGUGACCUACGUUGUAACCUGGCCACUCCUCCCCCCCGUCACCUCCACGUGGUUCGGCCCAUGUCCCACUACGGCUCCCCCGUCCUGCUGCAAGGUGGUAUGCCACACCACACCCCCAUACCGAUAAACCUUGGAAACCUGGGGAACCUCGGAAAUUUGGGAACCACAGUGACCAUGACGUCCAAUGGGAGGCAUGCAGCCGAGGGCUGGGCCCAACCCUCUCAGGCUCCUGGCCAAUCAGAGGGCCAGGCCCCGCUUCCACAGCCAAACGCAGCCAAUCAGCAGCCAAUUCAGGGCCAGGGGGCUCCGCAUGUCAUCAGAAUCACCCACCAGACCAUGGAGCCUGUGGUAAUGAUGCAGAUGAACCUGGAUGAAUCUGGCAGCGGCCCUCAGGUCCAAGGACAACAGAUCCCUAUGGGUAAUGGACAGCCUGGUGCUACUCCAGUCCAAAUCGCAGGCCUUCCUCCAGAGUUCAUGCAGGCCAUCGUCCACCAGAUCUCUCAGCAGGCUGCUGCCAUGGCAACCGCUGCUGCCACGGGUCACCCCGGGCAACCAGGAGCAGGCGUCCCCGGGACCACCCCCAGCUCUGACACCUCUGCCACCCCUCACCCUCACGGGCCUCUGCCCCCUGGAGCCAGGGUGGUGAUCACGCACCCCUCCUUCUCCCCCCACAUCCCCCAGCCUGUGGGCACCAGGGGCACCACCAUCAACCUCAGGGCUUCAGUGCCCCCUGCUGGCGGGCAACAGAACCUUCAGGGCACACCUCUGGCUUCCUCUCCCCUAACUCAGAUGAUCAGUGGUCUGGUUGGACAGCUACUGAUGCCUGGACAACAGAUGUCUGGACAGAUGCCUGGACAACAGAUGUCUGGACAGAUGCCUGGACAGCAAGUUCCGCCAGGUGACCAGACAUCCACCAGCUCCUCCUCAGCCUCCCACUCCUUCUCUUUCUCCACCUCCUCCUCUUCAUCCUCUUCUGCCUCCUCCUCCUUCUCCUCCUCCAAUCCCGUCCCUCCCCACCCCUCCUGUGGGGCGAACACAUCUGGCCAGACCACCACCCACACCACCAACACCACUUCCAUGGGCCAGCCACCGGAAGGGGUCGCCGAGGCCAACCUAGCCCAACUCCUGGGCUCCUUGCUGGGUGGAGCUAGUGGGCCAGGAGCCCCUGGUUCUGGAGCUAACCCACACAUCACUGUGACCGUACCUGGAGUCCCAGGGUUCUUCCAGGGAAUGUCAGACUUCAUCCAGGCUAACCAACCCAUCUUCUCCCGACCCUCACCUGUACCCCCACCCGGCCAGGAGCCUCCCCCUGGCCAAGGCACCCCUACCCCCCCUCCCCAGGCGGCCCCUGGGGGUGGAGGGGACCCAUCCCUGAGCCCGGAGCUGUUUACAGGUAUUGUCCAGGGGGUCCUCUCCACCAUGAUGGGGUCUCUGGGGGCUCCGCAGGGGAACGGGGAGAGCAUCGCUCAGUUCAUCCAGAGACUGUCUCAGACCACCAACCUCUUCACACCUGGAUCUGGAGACGCUGUCGGGUUCUUUGGGGACCUGUUGUCCCUGGUGUGUCACAGUUUCUCCAUGGUGGACAUGGUGUUGUUACUCCAUGGUAACGCCCAGCCAAUCAGCCGGAUCCAGCCCCAGCUCACUGAAUUCUUCAACCAGCACUACCUGCAGGGUCGAGAGCCUACUGACGCYAAUAUCAACGCAGCAUCUGUGGACCUCAUCAAUGAUCUGGAGGAGUACAUAACAGAGAGCUUUGCCACAGUGACUGUGAGAGAGGGAGUGGACAUCAUUCAAACCAACAUCACUUUCCUUAGACAGCAGUUCACCCGCGUGGCCACACACAUCCUACGCUGCACAGACCAAACGUUUGGUCACCGCCUGCUGCUGCUCUGCACCCAGGGUCUGUUUGAGUGUCUGGCUCUCAACCUUUACUGUCUCCAAGGGGAACAGAGAGCUCUCACCCAAGUCAUCAACCACCGCAUCAGGAGGAUGUCAGCAGAGGUCAACCCCAGCCUGGUCAACUGGCUGACCAGUAUGAUGACCAUGAGACUCCACGUCAUCCUGGAGCACAACCCAGUCACUGAGGACCACAUCCAGCACUAUGUCAUCCACACACGGAGAGCAGAGCCUGGGGCACAGGCUGGACAGCAGACAGACACACAGAGUGUGGAGAUGGAUGAAGGUCUGUCCCCGGCCCCGGCCACCACUGCAGAGGAGGCCAUGGCUUCAUCAGGGAACAGACAGGAGGUCGGAGCAUCCCCCGGGGUGACCACCCCCUCGCAGAGAGCAUCAUCAGGGGAGACCAGAGGAGCUGUUGCCAUGGCAGCAGGAAGAAGGGAGGAGUCUGGAGGAGAAGUGGAGCCCUGGGCAGCUGCAGUGCCCCCUGAGUGGGUUCCUAUCAUCAGACACGACAUGCUGUCUCAGAGGAAGAUGAAGGCUCAGCCCCCUCUGUCUGAUGCAUACCUCCACGGGAUGCCUGCCAAGAGGAGGAAGACCCACCAGGGUGAAGGCCCUCACCUGUCCCUGUCUGAGGCAGUGAGCCGGGCGGCGCGUGCUGCAGGAGUCAGACCUGUCACUACCCCAGACAGCCUCCAGGGAGAGCUAGAGGAGCCAGAGCUUCAGGAGGCCUACCAAGAACAGGUGAGGAGUGACAUCAAGGAGAGAGUGAGAGAUGACCCAGAAUUCAGCUCCCAGCGUUUCCCCAACACACACCGGGCAUUUUCUCUAGACGACUCCUAAAUAUUAUUGGUCCUCAGGCCUGUCAACCACUCCAUCUUGUCAAUCACAGUUUUCUCCCUGGAUGACUCCUAAUCUGAUUGGUCACCACACCUGUCAAUAACCCUAUCUAGCCAAUCACUCACAACCAUGAUGUAUCCAGGGGUGUGUUCAUCAUGCAUCUCAACAUCACAUCCGGAAUCAUGUCAGCUCUAUUCGUGAAAUUUCUCUCUUCAACAUUCUGUAACACGCCCCAGAUUCGAUUCUGCAACAUUCCCUGUGGGUCUGUCAUGUCCAGUGAAGAUCAAAGAGAAAAUAAAACACAAGAGUCUUUACUUGCUUAAAAAUGACACAUAUUUAAAACCGAGAAGAGCUUUACAACCGGUCUGUCAUCUAUCAAUGGAAAAUGUCAGUCUCUCUGUGGUAUCUCCCAUAAAGCACCGCUUUCUCAUUCCAACAAACUCAUUUCUAACCGGUCGUCGUUAUCUGUAUGUCCGGUUGUCCUUAAGAUUUUGCUGUAACUUGUAAAUUAGCACAAAUUGUACAUUGUAUUAAGAACGUGAUGUAAUAAUAUUCUAGUGAUAAUGCAACAGCUAUUCCUUGUCAAGUAACGAAAACCUUCCGUAGGCUUUUUUGGGGGGGCGUUUAGUUUGGUAUCCUGACUAGAGAUGAAAGAAGCACAGAUUCUACAUGUUGACUGGCCUGGUUAAACCAGACUGAACCGUGCGAACAAGUGAAACAGUGGUGAGCGCAACAUUGUCUGGUGUAACCGGGCUACAUCUUUACAUAUUUACUUUCAGGAUAGAGAGGAUGGUAGAGGUUUAGGUGUUAGAGGUGAUUGUCAUGUCAUCAGUGACAUUUUGUGUUUAGCUAUUUUAAAGUGACUGUGAAUACGAGGCUCAAUGGUGUUUUAGCCAUAAUUAUGUUAAGUUGUAAUAACUGCCAUAAUCAAGACCAUGAUAAAGAUAAGUCUCGUUUUAUGCCAUUGUAUUUCUUUCUAGGCGACCACGGCUAUCAUUUCUAGAACCUGACUGUUG